AAAAAUUGGUGGUGUUCUGUCAAAGAAAAGAAGUAAUAUACACAUCGAUUUAUUUGAACGAUACACCGUUUAUUGAAGGGAGGUCACUCUAACACACUGAAAUUUGACACUUUCACGGAAAUAUUUCCAAAUUUGGAAUAUAUUCAGACAGGAAGCCGACAAACUCUUAGAUUAUCUUUGAAUGUGAGAACUGACAGGGUAAGACUAAGAGCAGAGUGUUGGAUAAUAUUAUGGACAGUCAGGAAAAUAUUUCAUCACGGAAAAGUCGAGGUUUGCUGACAGAUUUGAAAACAAAAUUACAAACAUCAGGAAAAUAUGCUGAUUUUCUGGAAGAAUUCAAGUCGUGUAGAAAAGAUGAAGAUCGUUUGAAACUUUUGAAUAGUUUAGACGAGGUCCAGGAUUUGGUCACAGUAAAAGCUGUAAAGAAAGGUAAAAAUGUAGAAGACUCAGCUAGCCUUCGGGAAAGAGGUAAUGCAGCAUUCAAGAAGAGACAAUACAAACUGACGUUAGAACAUUAUAACAGUAGCGUCAUGCUUGCCCCGACAUCAGGAGACACAUCUGCCCUAGCUUUUGCCCUGGCUAACAGAUCAGCUGUAUUGUGUCAUAUAAAGUUGUAUAAACCUUGUCUUGUGGACAUACAGUCAUCUAUAGAUUAUGGUUAUCCUGAAAAUCUCAGAUAUAAGCUGUAUGAAAGGCGAGGAAAAUGUCAUUAUCAGAUGGGCCACAGACAAGAGGCAAUAGACGCCUUUAAAAUGGCCAAGACAGCUUUAGCUAAAGCGGAAUUAGAUCAGACAAAACAUAAGAACCUGAUUAAUGAGUUUGACAAACAGAUCUGGCAGUGUGAAAAGAUGACCGAGGGUCUGGUCAAAUGUGCUGAAGGGACUGUUGUACUUAAUUCCCCUAUUCCUUGUAUAGAGAAAGCAGAUAAACAGAUUCCUGUUAUGUCAGAAGGUCUUAAAGUCGACUACCGCGAAGCCUCUGGUCGUGGGCUGUUUGCACAAAAAGAUUUUGAAGUAGGCGAUGUCCUGAUUGUUGAAAAACCAUUCGCUUCAACAGUUUUGUCUGAUUUCAAGGAACGUUACUGUCACCAUUGUUGUGAGAGAGUUAUUGCCCCUACUCCUUGUUUGUCCUGUAGUGCUGUGGUUUUUUGCAGCGAAAAGUGUCAGAAAGAGGCUUGGUCGAGUUAUCACCAGUUUGAGUGUGAUGUGUUGUACAAUAUACACAAAGCAGAGAUUAAUCUUGGACAUCUUGCUGUUAAAACUGUACUUAAAGCCGGGUUCCAGUAUCUUGCAGAGUUUGAAGGUAAAUCGGACACGGAUGAAACAAAGAUAGCGUUGAAUGAGAAUGGUAUUUAUGACAGUCAGGAUUACAGGACAGUUUACGAUCUUGUGAACCACUGCGAGGAUCGAGAUGUUGAGGAAAUAUUGAAAUAUUCAAUUGAAGCCUUGUUUCUUCAAAAGUGCAUUGAAGCUACUGGAUUUUUCGGCUCAGGAGAGAAGAAGGAUCUAUCAAAGAGCUGUCUGAUAGGCGGCCAUAUUUUAAGGAAUUUGAUGAUGUUGCCUUGCAAUGCUCACGAGUGUUCAGAAUUGUCGCACAUUCCCUCUAACCUUCCCGCAUCCGUAACUGUAGAAAUUGGGUCAGCCAUUUACCCUGUGUUAAGUUUGAUAAACCAUUCCUGUGAUCCUAACGUGGUUCGUCAUAGUUACGGAAAUAUUUGUGUUGUUAGGGCCAUUCGUAACAUUCCGAAAGGUUCCGAAGUUUUGGAUAAUUAUGGCGCUUUGUGUGCACUAACCCCGACAAGUGAACGCAGGAAUAAGCUGGCACCUCAGUAUUUCUUUACAUGUAACUGUCUUGCGUGCAUUGAUGACGACCCUCAGUAUAAUGAUAUACCCUCUGAAAUGCCGGUCUUUAAAUGUGACAACUGUUCAGGGCCAGUGUUCCUUCCUUUAAAGAACAAAUAUGAUAUGGUCCCUUGUUCGUUCUGUCAACAAAAUCACGCUCUGCGACCAAGACUGUCUUCUCUCAGCCAAUCAGACGAGACAUAUCGCAUGGCAAUGAAAGAUGUCCUUCUGAGUUCCUGCGACAAUAUUGAUCAGAGUAUUAUCUUUCUUGAGAAUCAUCUCCGACUGAUGGACCGAUUGUUGUGCCGGCCUUGGCGUGACUUUAAUGAUUGUCAGGAGGCUUUGAAACAAUGUUACGCCUAUAAAGGAAGUCAUUAUGCUGUCACUACGGGGAAGUAAAACUAUAACUUUAGAAUUAAAUGAAAAUUUCAAAAUGGAUUAGACACUGUUCAUAACAUGCCUUCAGAUAAAUAAUAUUGCAUACUGCUUAAUCAAUAAUUACACAACUAAUAUUGUAAAAUUUACUUUGCCUUUGUGAAGUAGAUAACUUGUAAAAUUUACUUUGGCUUUGUGAAGUAGAUAACUUGUAAAAUUUACUUUGCCUAUGUGAAGUAGUUUAAUAAGAUUUAAAUGAACAUAUGAAGACUUGUAAGAUUUUGUUUUAUUAGGGGCUUGAUUUCAGGUCAAUAUGUAUAUCCGAUUGGGGUUUAAGCAGUUUAAGCAGUGUAUUGCUAACUUGUUUUGAAAUUUUGAACUGUCUUUACUGUGAAGGUGUGACUUGUAAGCCAAUCAUUAACAUGUUUACCAUAAUAAUCUCUCUGACCUUGACCUCUAUUAAUUGUUUGCUCACAAUUUUUGUUGUUGUUGUUGUUACUGCUGGAUUUUUAUUUUAACAUUUAUGCAAUGAUGCUGUUUUUAUGCUCCCCGAAAAAUUUCGGGGGAGCAUAUAGUCGGCGCCUUGUCCGUCUGUCCGUCCGUCCGUCUGUCCGUCUGUCCGUCCGUUGUCUUGUCCGGAGCAUAACUUGAAAACCCUUGGAGAUAAUUUGUUGAAACUUCAUACAGUGGUAGAGGGCAUCGAGGGGGAGUGCAGUGUCAAAGAACCAUAACUCUAUUUUGCCCGGUUUUUGAAUUAUCUCCCCUUAUAGAAAAAUCUUGUCCGGGGCAUAACUCUAAAACUAUAAGAGAUAUCAACAUGAAACUUUGUAGGUGAAUAGAUCUCAAUGGGUAGAUGUGCAGUGCAUAAGAACAAUAACUCUUUUCAUCCUAAUUUUGGAGUUAUUGCCCUUUGUUAAUUUUAAUACUUUGAACUUUGUCCGGAACAUAACUUGAAAACCCUUGGAGAUAAUUUGUUGAAACUUCAUACAGUGGUAGAGGGCAUUGAGGGGGGGUGCAGUGUCAAAGAACCAUAACUCUAUUUUGCCUGGUUUUUGAAUUAUCUCCCCUUAUAGAAAAAUCUUGUCCGGGGCAUAACUCUAAAACUAUAAGAGAUAUCAACAUGAAACAUUGUAGGUAGAUAGAUCUCAUUGAGUAGAGGUGCAGUGCAAAAGAACCAUAACUCUGUUAAGCCUUAUUUUUGAAUAAUCUCCCCUUUUAGAAAAAUCUUAUCCAGGACAUAGCUGUAAAACUAUAAGAGAUAUCAACAUGAAACUUUGUAGGUAGAUAAAUCUCAAUGGGUAGAUGUGCAGUGCACAAGAAUCAUAACUCUACCUUGCCUAAUUCUGGAGUUAUUGCCCUUUGUUUAUUUUUACUUUUUGAAUUGUCCAGGACAUAACUCGGAAAUCAUAAGAGAUAUCAUCAAGAAACUUUGUAGGUUGAUAGAUCACAUUGAUUAGAAGUGCAGU